AUGUUUGUUGUCCGAGGAGCUAGCGCCUUCGGGCUCUGCAGGUACUCGUCUGCCAUCCGAAGACCCGCGUUUCGGUUGUAUAGCACCAAGACACAUGAUCCUCUCCGCAUUCUCUUCUGCGGCUCAGACGAGUUUAGUAUUGCCUCCUUGAAAGCGCUUCACGCCUAUCACCUCAAACAACCAGAGCGCGUCUCCUCCAUCGAUGUGGUUUGUCGGCCUGGAAAAAGGGUGGGAAGAGGAAUGAAAAAGAUCCGAGAGGUGCCAAUUAAAGAGGCAGCGUCAGCUCUCUCUCUCCCAAUUCAUGAGAUUGAUACAUUCACGGGAUGGACACCGCCGGUUACUGCGAACGGUCCCUUCAACUUGAUCAUUGCUGUUUCUUUCGGUCUAUUUGUGCCUCCGCGCAUCCUGAAUGCUUCCAAGUAUGGUGGUGUCAAUGUCCAUCCUUCAUUGCUGCCAGAGUAUGUUCUAUCACACGGCGCCAGCUACCAAAAAUGCAAGUUAACGCGAGUUUUCAGUUUCCGCGGCCCAGCGCCGCUGCACCACACUCUCCUAGCAGGCCGGACCUCUACGGGUGUGUCUCUGCAGACUCUGCACCCCAAGAACUUCGACCACGGCGUAAUUCUCUCCCAAACACCGACCCCUGGAUUCGAAAUUCCAAACCCAGACACUUGUACCGUCCCUGAGCUACUGAACCUCGUUGCACCCAAGGGUGCGCAGCUACUGGUGGACGGCAUCAAUGACGGAUUAUUUGUGCCACCGGUCAAAGCAGCGGGCUGGCUCCCAUCGGAAGGAAACACCCUGGUCCACGCAUCCAAGAUCAAGCCCGAGGACCGACACAUCGACUGGGCCAACUGGACUCUGCAGGAUAUCAACCGCCGCAGUCGAGUUCUCGGGGAUCUAUGGACCAGAGCCCUCGUCCCAACCGCCCCAGGGGACGCAAAAACGUCCUUUCACCAAAGGCGAAUUAUCAUGACAGACCUGGAAGAAGUGGAGCCGCCCAAGGGCUCUGAUUCUUUCGCUUUGGUCCCCGGACUUCCUUUCGCGAAUGCGCCGUAUCCUGUUGGCCCGAAGAAAGGGAGAGCUCUCUUUGUCUACACUAAGGAUGGGAAGUUGCUGCGCAUUAACCAGAUGAAGGUCGAGGGAGAGGCUGUUGCUGAGGGUCUUCGUGCUGCGGUAAAGGCUCGCAUGUUUGGUGACCAGUCGUUCUUGGUUGGUGGUGCGGAGUUUACGCCAUUUCGAAACCCGCUUGCUUAG